AUGUUGAAUAAUGAUGAUGACGAUGAUGACUUUAACUUUGACGAAGAUGAUAUGCUUGACUGGGUAACUGCCAUAAAAACACAAAAGCCAGGAAGGUUAUGGUCGUUUAAGCGGUUCGGGACAUUUUGGGAGAAAGAUGUACCAGAAAACAACGAGGCGUUUUUCAAAGAGAGUUUCCGAAUGGAGAGGCCCUGCUUUGAUAUUUUAGUGAAUCGGCUUGAAGUGCUGCGAAAGAAGGACUCCAACUGCCGAGCUGCAAUUCCUUUGGAAAAGCGCAUCGCCAUUGCGCUAUACACUUUGGGCUCGACCUCUGAGUACCGAACAGUUGGCAGGCUUUUCGGUGUAGCUCCAAACAGUGUGUGUAAUAUCCUGCACGAGUUUUGCAGAGCACUUAUCGACGAGUUUUCGAAGGAGUACAUGUCGCCCAAUUACCUAACUUCCGACAAAAUUGAUGAGUGCGUAAAGGGAUUCGAGGCAAUUGGGUUUCCUCAGUGCCUAGGUGCAAUUGGUAGGAAAUCAAUAAGAACUUCAGCAAUAUGUUUACAUAUAAAUUGGUUUUUAAACUUUUAUUGGAUUAUAGAUACAGAUUUACAUAUGUAAAUAUCGGCUCUGCAGGAAGGUGCAAUGACUCGAUGAUAU